AUGGCGGCAAACGGAGAUUAUCCCCUGAUGGAGGUGGGGAACAAGAAUUAUGCCGAAGCUGCUGUUGUGAUCAUUGGCGCUGGCAUUUCCGGCAAGUUGGAUGGCACCAAUAUGAAUGUGUACCGCGAUCAACUUAGCGGUGGACUUGGCGGAACGUGGAGGGAUAACAAAUAUCCCGGCUGUUGUUGUGAUAUUAAUUCUCAUCUCUACAGCUAUUCCUUUAAGCAGAACCCAAAUUGGUCAAGACUAUACCCGAAUCAGGAAGAAAUUCUGCGGUACCUCCACGGCGUAGCCGAGAAAUACAAGCUGUUCCGUUUCAUUCGCUUCAACUCCGCUGUUGAGGAAGCCAGAUGGGACGAUAAAACUCGAAAAUGGAAAACAGCCAUCAAAGUAGGCUCAGGUUCGAAGGAUGCGGAGUUUGUAGACCACUAUACAAUCUCCUCUGACUUCCUUGUCUCUGCCGUUGGCCAACUCAAUUCGCCGUCAUAUCCAUCAAUUCCCGGAAUCGAAGAUUUCCAGGGGAAGAUGAUUCACACGGCUCGGUGGGAUUGGACCUACGAUCUGAAGGGAAAGCGGAUUGCUGUUAUCGGAAAUGGGGCAACGGCUGCGCAAAUAAUCCCUGAAAUAGCGCCCGACGCUGCUCAGCUAACAGUGUUUCAAAGAACACCGAAUUGGGUCGUACCCAGACUGGACACUGCCAUAUGGAAACCGGCUCAGAUCCUGUUUAAAUACUUCCCGCUUGCCCUCUGGAAAGUACGCGCCUGGAUGAUGGAUAUCCGAGAAAGCGUCCACGCUACUAUCGCAGACCAAGACUCCAAAUGGGCCGAACUCUCCCGAACAGCAAGCAUCAACAUGCUAAAAAGGCAGCUCCCCAACCGCCCAGACCUCUGGGAGAAAUUCAUCCCCAACUACCCAGUAGGUUGCAAACGCACCAUCAUCAGCGACGACUACUUCCCCACCUUCCUCCGCUCCAACGUCCAUCUCGAAACCACCCCCAUCGACCACAUCACCAAAAACGGCAUCCAAGUCGCCGGCAUCGAGCAUGAAUUCGACCUCAUCGUGCUAGCCACAGGUUUCCGCACAGUGGAAUUCAUGCACCCGAUCCAGGUAUACGGUUCUGAAGGCCGAAGCUUGUCGGAUAUCUGGGCGGACGGCGCCCGCGCUCUCUACGGAGUAACCGUCGAAGCCCUCCCGAACUUCGCCAUGCUCUACGGCCCCAACACAAACCUGGGCCACAACUCGAUAAUCCUGAUGAUCGAGGCGCAGGCGCGGUAUAUACAGGCGCUGGUCAGAGCGGUGCUCACAGCGCGGCAGCGGGGGGGUUCGUUGGCGAUACUGCCCGACCCGAAACGGGUUGAGGGGUUUAAUGCUGAGAUGCAGAGGGUGCUUGCGACGACUUCGUUUGCGCAUCCGAAUUGCCAGAGUUGGUAUAAACGGGCAGACGGGAAGAUUACGAAUAAUUGGUCUGGGACGGUGGUCGAGUAUCAGAAGGUGUUGGAUAGGGUCAAUUGGGGGGACUUUUUGGUGGAGGGGACUGGCGCGGAGCAGCUGGGGGGGAGGAAGAGGAGUACGUAUGUGGGGAGGGUGAGGGAGGAGUCGCUAUUUACGUAUCGGGCGUAUUUGGUGAUGAUGAUUGGGCUGUUGGGGGUUUGGGGGGUUUGGGCUGGGAAGGGCUUGAGGCUGUUGGGACGGUUGAGGGAGUUGACGGGGUGA